GAUCAGUGGAGCCAGUCUAUCCUAUAAGCGCGCUCACAGACAACCUGCUAACAUUCGCUGACACCCUCACGUUUCAGAGCCAGAGGAAAUGGCCACGAGGACCGACGCAUCGAUAUAGUCUUUCUUAUGAGAUUUCAUUCAAAAGCUGUGCGUUGGAGGAAUAGACUGCCUUCUGGAACUAAUAAUCUCUGUACACCGUAUUUAGAUUACCUUGACAACCGGUCUCAGUGAUUGACAGCAGGACCGAUACAUGCGAGUUGUUGAUGCGCUUAAAAAACUUUUGACCGAAGGUUCUAGUUGGUUUUAUCCGUUAUGGUGAUUUUUCCAUUUAGGCUAUUGUAAUAUUUUUUUUCUUGUUGAAAAAAACACAUCUUCACCUUGCUGCGGGUUUCUUCUUUAUUGCCACUGCGGAUUACAAUUUUCAAGUGGAUGUAAAAGUCAUCAACUUUAUACACCACCUUCUCUGUGGACUCACAGUACCUGACCACCUUCUCUGCGGACUCACAGUACCUGACCACCUUCUCUGCGGACUCACAGUACCUGACCACCUUCUCUGCGGACUCACAGAACCUGACCACCUUCUCUGCGGACUCACAGUACCUGACCACCUUCUCUGCGGACUCACAGUACCUGACCACCUUCUCUGCGGACUCACAGUACCUGACCACCUUCUCUGCGGACUGACACAUUCCCUGUUUCUUACCUUUUUAUCUCCAAGACAGGCGCAUGUCGAUGGCGCAAAGGUACGAUGAACUGUCCCACUAUGGUGUUGGGAUGGACGGAGUUGGACUCCCGGCGUCCAUGUAUGGAGACCCGCAUGCUCCCCGGCCUCUUCCGCAAGUCCACCACCUGAACCAUGGUCCGACUGCACAUCCAACCCAGCACUAUGGAUCCCACGCACCCCACAACAUCAUGCCCAGCAUGGGCAGCGUGGUGAACGACGCGUUAAAAAGAGACAAAGAUCAAAUCUAUGGUCACCCGUUGUUCCCUCUGCUCGCCCUGGUGUUUGAGAAGUGUGAGUUGGCGACCUGCACGCCCAGGGAGCCUGGAGUAGCGGGCGGCGAUGUCUGCUCCUCAGACUCCUUCAACGAAGACAUCGCUGUCUUUGCAAAACAGAUACGUGCAGAAAAACCGUUAUUUUCAUCGAAUCAAGAGGUGGACAAUUUGAUGAUCCAAGCUAUUCAAGUAUUACGAUUUCAUCUUUUAGAAUUAGAGAAGGUGCACGAGCUCUGCGACAACUUCUGCCAUCGGUACAUCAGUUGUUUGAAAGGCAAAAUGCCCAUCGACUUGGUCAUAGAUGACCGAGAUGGCUGCAAAUCCGAUUUAGAUGACCUGACGGGAUCUUCCACAAAUCUAGCAGAUCACAACCCGGCGUCCUGGAGAGACCUGGAUGACGCCCACUCCACGCCAUCCGUGGGUACCCCGGGGCCCUCCAGCGGGGGCCACGUCUCCCAGAGUGGGGACAACAGCAGCGAACUCGGAGAUGGCCUCGACAACAGUCUGGCGUCGCCGGGCACAGGAGACGAGGAUGACCUGGACAAGAAGAGACAGAAGAAGAGAGGUAUCUUCCCCAAAGUGGCCACCAAUAUAAUGCGAGCGUGGCUCUUCCAGCACCUCACGCACCCCUACCCUUCAGAGGAACAGAAGAAGCAGCUAGCACAGGACACAGGCCUCACCAUCCUGCAAGUGAACAACUGGUUCAUCAACGCCAGGAGGAGAAUAGUACAGCCUAUGAUUGACCAGUCUAACAGAUCAGUGGGCCAGGGGACGGCAUACAGCCCUGACGGGCAACCAAUGGGAGGCUUUGUACUCGACGGACAGCAACACCUGGGGAUUCGGCCUGGCGGACCAAUGGGUGGAAUGGGAAUGAAUAUGGGGAUGGAUGGUCAGUGGCACUACAUGUAAACCCUGUCCAACCGAGGCAAGCCUGAAGAAGAAGAUGGAGAAGCCUCCAUGGUUUGCUCAGGGAAAAUCCUGCCGCUUGGUCCAAUGAGCGCGUGACUCCGCCCCAGUCACACCUGUACCUGUCAUCUGACUACGCCCACCUCACCUCCCCACUGGAACAUAGAGGACCACAUCUGCACAAACGCCGCCCACAUUGACCUUUAAUAACCCCACGCCUAGAGGAAGACGAGGGAAGACUAAUAAACAACAACAGAAACAACAACAUUUGCAGACAACAACAAUCUUCCAAAACAAAAAAAGACUUCUGAAUGAACAACGGAAGCUAAAACGACCUCAACAACAUUUUGACACAUUUUUUGUUUUCUUUUUUAAAUUAUUUAUUUAUUUUUCUACAAUGGUGAACCAUGGGGACAAGAACUUUUUAGUCUUUGCCCGAGAUAUAUUGACACAGCCCGCACACACACACACACACACACACACACACACACACACACACACACACACACACUAACACACAUUCCCUCUCUCUCACACACACACACACUCAAACAAAUACACACACUUCAUCUUAUGAACACACCAUUUGAACCACUGUGGAAUAUCUAAAAAGAUGAUAAAGAGUUUUAAUAACUGUUGUGGUGUAUAGACUUGUGCUUUUUCAUUUGACUGUUUUAACCAUGUUUGCGCUUUGUGAUCAUUAGUUUAUGGAGUGAGAGUUUAUCACUAAUCCCACCCCUAUGUGCUGUGGAACAGAGAGAAAGAGAGAAAGAGAGAGAUUGCCUUAGAGUCUGCAGCCUGGAGCUUGUCUCCGAUACUGCAGAUGGCAACUCCAUCCAGCUCCCAACAAAAAAACAAGCCCUCUUUUUAUUUGUAUUCUGAAUGUGGCCCAGUUGCUUUUAUUGCCCAUGCACUGAAUGAAUUUCAUAUAUUUGUAUUAUUCUGUUUUGAUUUGGAUUGUUCUGUGUUGUCCUGAAAUCAGACUAAAGAGCUGAUGGAGUGACGUCAUACUGGUAAGGUGGAUCUUGGACCGACUUCCAUUUAGAUCAUGUUACAAUAGUUUUAUAGCACACAGGAAGAAGAGAAGGGUUUCUGCACUAAAGACCAAAAUAAAAACACAUUUUAAAACUUGA